AUGACCAAGUUGUAUUCUCUUGUUCUUCUUUCCUUGCUUGGUCUCUCUGCUGUUAAUGCUGCUGACACCACUACCACUGUGGAAGUCACUCCUACAAUCACCGCCACAACUACCGUGUCAGUGGUAGAGCAAAUCUACGAAACUGAGUACAUCUAUACGAACGGGGACGGUGUGCUCACCACUGAAACCAUCAUUGUCUCGGGUUCCCCUCCAGCAACUACUGAUGCUGCUACUCCCACAACUACGGCCUCGACUUCGCCUACUUCUAACCUUUUCGCUGAUUACACCGCUCCACCUGGAGACUACUCUACAGCCACUGAAACUAAGACCACCGUUCUUGACAGUGGGGUAACUGCAGUCUACGAGCUUGUGGUGUUGUACACCACCGUCUGCCCAUGUUAG